UUUAUUAUAAUUUUACUGAUUCUCUUAUAAAUUUAGACGAUUAUAAACAAUACUGGCUAAAAAACUUAUCAAUGUAAAUAGGUUCUAAUCGAACAUAACAGAACACUAAAAGUUAUUAGACGUAGUUAUCGAAAAAAACAUAUAUUGGUUACCGAUAACAUAAAAUAUUUAAUUUAAACGUCGUCAAAUUUAAUUGUUAUACUUAUUGUACAACAAUAACCGAAAAUAUAUACAUGUAUUAGCAAUAUAUGUGGUAGAAUUGAUAUUCAUAUGUAAAAAACCGAAAAAAUAAAUAUUAUGGGACAUCAAAAGAUAUACACAAAAGAGAAGCCAUACCAGUGUGACGUUUGUGGCAAAUCGUUUACUCAAAGUUAUAGUCUGACACUUCAUCAGCGAAUUCACACAGGAGAGAAGCCAUACCAGUGUGACGUUUGUGGCAAAUCCUUUACUCACAUUAAUAGUCUGACACUUCAUCAGCGAAUUCACACAGGAGAGAAGCCAUACCAGUGUGACGUUUGUGGCAAAUCGUUUACUCAGAGCAAUAAUCUGAUACGUCAUCAGCGAAUUCACACGGGAGAAAAGCCAUACCAGUGUGACGUUUGUGGCAAAUCGUUUAUUCAGAGCAAUAGUCUGAUAGCUCAUAAGCGAAUUCACACGGGAGAAAAGCCACACCAGUGUGACGUUUGUGGCAAAUCGUUUACUAACAGUAAUAAUCUGAUAGCUCAUAAGCGAAUUCACACGGGAGAAAAGCCACACCAGUGUGGCGUUUGUGGCAAAUCGUUUAUUCAGAGCAAUAGUCUGAUACGUCAUCAGCGAAUUCACACGGGAGAAAAGCCAUACCAGUGUGACGUUUGUGGCAAAUCCUUUACUCACAGUAAUAGUCUGACACUUCAUCAGCGAAUUCACACGGGGAAUGAGCCGUCACCUAUUUGCACCAUGGUAUAAUUUAAGAAUUAUAAUAAUAAAGAAGUUACACGUUAUACAUAUUA